CCAGUUCUUCCACAAGUAAACUACUUAGACUCCAUUUCAUCUCUCUCAUACCACCUCCAAGAUUUGAGCAGCUUUUACCCUUGCUUGGUAAACCGAAAGCAUGUUUCUUGCAAAGGCUCUAUUGGAAGGAGCAGAUCAAGGUCUUGGACAAGCUCUUGGAAACCUUCUUGGAGGAGGCGGUCAGAGAAGAGGAGGAGGAGGAAAUAUUGGAGGGAUAGUUGGAGGAAUUGUGAAUUUUAUCAGUGAGGCUGCAGCUGCUCAGUAUACCCCGGAACCGCCACCCACUCAGCAGCAUUUCACCAACGUGGAGGCCAACGAAAGUGAGGAAGUUAGGCGGUUUCGGCAACAGUUUGCACAGCUAGCUGGACCAGACAUGGAGGUGGGUGCCACUGACCUAAUGAAUAUUCUCAACAAAGUCCUGUCUAAACACACGGAUCUGAAGUCUGAUGGCUUCAGUCUUGACACCUGCCGGAGCAUCGUGUCUGUCAUGGACAGUGACGCAACUGGAAAGCUGGGCUUUGAAGAAUUUAAGUAUCUCUGGAACAACAUCAAGAAAUGGCAGUGUGUUUAUAAGCAAUUUGACAGGGACCAUUCCGGGUCUCUGGGAAGUUCUCAGCUGCGGGGGGCUCUGCAGGUAGCAGGCUUCCAGCUAAAUGAACAACUUUACCAAAUGAUUGUCCACCGAUAUGCCGAUGAGGAUGGAAGUAUGGAUUUUAACAACUUCAUCAGCUGCCUGGUUCGCCUGGAUGCCAUGUUUCGUGCCUUCAAAUCCCUGGAUAGAGAUGCGGAUGGCCUGAUUCAGGUGUCCAUCCAAGAAUGGCUGCAGCUGACUAUGUAUUCCUGAAGUGGGCACUAAGUCAGGACACCCCUCCCUGCCCCCCACUGGAGAACAGAACUGCUGGAAACUUAGCCAUGCUCCCUGCAUGGUUGCAGAUACCCCAUCCGAAGCUGUCAUUUCCUGCUGAGUUCUUUCACAACCCGACCCAUUUCUGAACUUGUGCUGCCCUUUACUGCUUAAUUAAAGCAGAUUUUUUAUGAAAAA